CAAACAAGCAGAGCCGCAGCUAAACGCAAAGCAAAACCAACGCAAAGCCAGAGAAGAAACAAGUCAGAGGAACGCAGCUCCCUAUCCUGUUCCGCUCCAGACGCACGCACGCACGCGCUGCACUGACUGAGGCCGACGCGGCGGCGGCGGCGGCAGCGGCGGCGGCGAAAGCGACCCCGAUGACGAAGCCCAAGAACGGCUGCCUCAAGAUCCUCGCCUGCGCCGGCGGCGGAUCCGACCCGUCCGCCGGCUCCGACGGCGACGCGGAUGACCACGUCGACGAGAACAAGGCCAUAUCAGAUAAAAGUAGGUGGAGCUUUCGUAGGAGGUCUACAAGGCAUCGUGUUUUGAAGAAUUCUGAUAUAUCUGAACCUGAAACUCUUAGUUCGAGCAAAGCAAAAGCUGAAAUUGCUCCAAGCAACAUCUAUUCUUCAACUUACUCCUAUGCCUCAGAAAAACCUCUACAGCAAGAGAAACCAGAUGAGAAAAUUCUGCAGCAAGAGAAAUCAGAUGAGAAAAUUCUGCAGCAAGACGAACCAGCUGAGAAAAUUCUGCAGCAAGAGAAACCGGACGAGAAAAUUUUGCAGCAAGAUAAACCAGAUGAGGGGCCUUUGAAUGAAGAGAUGCCUGAUGAAAAACUGAUAGAGAAGCCAAUUGAUCAGCCAGGUGAUGAAUCAAUUGAAAAGCCAGCUGAUGAACCAAUUGAAAAGUCAGCUGACCAGAUAACUGAAAGGUCAAUUGAGCAGCCAGCUGAAAGAGUAACUGAAGUGCCAAUCCAAGAACCAACUGAAAGGGUAACUGAAACUCCAAUAGUAAAGCCAAAUGAUAAUGAUGUUGAGGAACACACUGAUAAGACGGAUGAAAGUAUUUUUGUUUCAUCAACUGAGGUGAAGCAGGAGGAAACCGUCUCUCUCUUUGAUGGAAGCAGUGAAGACCAUCAGGAAGAUUGUGCGGAGACUGCUGCUGCUGUCAUUCAGUCUGGCAUCAGAGUGCACACUGAAGAGCAAGAACUACCAAAUGAUAAGGACCUUGUGAAACUGCAAGCUGUGAUACGUGGGCAUCUUGUUAGGAGGCAGGCUGCAGAAUCAUUACAAUGCUUGCUUGCUAUUGUUAAAAUGCAAGGACUUGUCCGGGUUCAUCAAGCACAGCAAUAUGGAGGAAAGUUUCAGGACUCUUUGAUCUGUUCUUCAAGUGAGAAAUUACUCAAUAAUGGAUUUGCUCUGAAGCUCAUGGACAGCAUGUCGACUUCAAAAUCCAUUCACAUAAAAUGUGAUCCUUCUGAACCUGAUGUUGCAUGGAAAUGGAUGGAGAGAUGGACAUCCAUGAUUCCACCAAACACUGGGGGACACUUGCUAGAGGAUAGAGAGAAUAACGAGUCGGUGGAUGAGAAAAUAAAAGGAGAUGCUCAACAUGAGGAAAAUACCCUUCCUUUGGAUUCUGACAUCUCUUUCCUGAAGUUGGUGCCUGAUGAUGCGGAAGAGACACUAAGGCCAUCUGAUUCUCAUCCCCUGGAGGUUUCUGCAUGCAUUCCAGAUAGAACUUCUGGAAUGGAAAUUGAAGAUGUUCCUGAACCAGAUUUGAUUGAAAAGUUCAAGGAAGAUGUUGAAAAAUUGACUGAACCGGAGACUGAGAAUGUUGCGGAACAACCUUUGGAGGUCUCAGUUGAACAAUCUACUCAAACUGAUACAUCAAGGGAACCCAUUCCUCUUCCUGAAAAACCUGAAUCUUCCUUUGAUGAUACUAUGGAUGCAUAUAAAACUGAGCAGACUUCGGAGAUGGAAGGUAAAAAGUUUAUGGCUAGAAAGUCAUGCAAUCCUGCAUUUGCUGCUGCACAGUUAAAAUUUGAAGAGUUGACUUCCAAUUUGACGGUCAGUAGGUCCAACAGUCUGGAUGGGGCAAACAAACCAAAGGUACAUACUCCUCGUUCACAAGACAAUGUCUCACCCAAGCAAAGUAAUGACACAAGCAUACCAGAGAGCUCAGUGGGGCAUGAUCCUAAAAUCGUAGUUGCUGCUUCAGAAUGUGGAACUGAGAUAUCAAUCUCCUCUACACUUGACUCACCGGAUAGAUCAGAAGCUGAUGGUGGCGAGAUUGUACUGGAGAUUGGAUCCCUGGAAGAUAGGAACCAUGUUGGUGAUAAUGCUGAAAAGGAUAACAGUGUUUUGCAUUCUGAAGUGAACACUUCUGGAGGAGCUAUCGAGCCAGAAAAGGAAGUACAAACUGAUGACACUGCUAUCGCUGCCAAUGCAAUUGAUCCUGUGCCUGUUGAACAACCACAUCUGGGACAGGAAAAGCCUGAUUUACAUGAUGAACUGGAAAAAUCUGUAGGAUCUUAUGUGAAGACACCUGAAGGUACUCCCUUGAGCCGAACUACCUUUGCUGAAUCUCAUGGGACACCAUCAAGUGAGGUCUCUGUUAACACCAAAAAAAGCAAGAGCAAAAGGCCCAAGUCUCAUGUAAGCAAGAGAUCACUAACUAGUCCAAGCAGCGAUUCUGUGGGACGGAGCAGCAUGGAUAAUCUGUCAAAGGAUUACAGACUUGGGAGGCGAGAGAGCUCAGGCAAGGUUAAAUCUGAUCAUGUUGAUCAAGAACCUCGCAUAAGCAACAGCACUCCAUUGCCAAGUUAUAUGCAGUUUACAGAAUCUGCAAGGGCAAAGGCAUCUGCUAGUGUAUCACCAAAGUUAAGCCCGGAUGUGCAAGACAACAAUCCAAGGAAAAGGCACUCUUUGCCCAUGACUAACGGUAAGCAAGAUUCAUCUCCUCGCAUGCAACGAUCAUCAUCCCAAGCUCAGCAGAAUGUGAAAAGCAAUGGUGCUGUUCCUGUUCCUCCCAAUUCAUCUGAUAGGAGAUGGCAUAUAUGAUGAGUGCGCCUAGCAAGAGUUUUUAGCGAGGUGCCAUAGAAGCAUUUGAUGAGAUGACUCAGAUUUGUGCUUGUUUUCCCACCGCACACCACCAUCUAAUUCGUCAGUUUUUUUAUUCUUUGUUGGAAUACUCGGUAUGGUUGGAACUUGGGAGAAGAACAGCAACAGCUUUCCUAUAAUGUACAUUUGUUGGUUCUUGGUUUGUUGUUAUUUGACUGGUAAUGAAUGAAUGAAUGAUUUGUGUGUGUAAUAUAUCUUGACUUGUAAUGCAACAGCGGUCUGUUAUAUUUGCCAAUAUUGAUGUUCAUGUUGGUGUGGA